CCCAACUGGGCUGGCCCUUCGCAUGGGUCAUCACUGAAACAGCGCCGGGAUUGGACGACCCCAAACGGCGAGGCCAUAACUCUGAGGAAUGCCAAGGUGCCCCGAGCAAACCCUUAUCAUCUUGGUGCGGGAUGCCACAGAUACAGCUUGACGUGCAGCAUCCAUCUUUAAAUGGGCCCGCGCUCGCCGGCCUAGAGACUACGCAGAUCGAUCCUCACCCUGCUCCGACGCUUUUCGAAAGCAAUAUUCGCCUUGCAUCGCUUUCCACAUCGCAUUGCUGGUUGAAGAGUGAAAAUUUUGAUCAAGAUGGGGUGGAUCCACGAAACCAACGUCAAGAUCGCGAGGUCGCCCAUUGGGAGGUACUUCCGUCUUGAUGGCUGCGGCCAUCCCAGAGCGCGCAAGGGAAGCUACUUCUUCACCGAGAUCCGCGCCGGCCUUGCCACCUUCUUCGCCAUGGCCUACAUCAUUGCAGUCAACGCGACCAUCACAUCGCAGUCCGGCGGGACGUGCGUCUGUCCCCCGGAAAGCAUGUCCGAUCUAUGCGACACCAACGCCGAAUAUAUGCUGUGCGUCCAAGGCGUCCAAAGGGACCUUGUGACAGCGACAGCUGCCAUUUCCGCUUUGACUACCUUUUGCAUGGGGCUUUUCGCCAAUAUGCCUUUGGGUGUGGCGCCGGGCAUGGGACUCAAUGCUUAUUUCGCCUACACCGUCGUUGGUUAUCACGGCUCCGGCAUGGUACCUUACAAGGUGGCAGUCACAGCUGUCUUCGUGGAAGGGUUAGUCUUUGUUGGCCUGACCAUCUUGGGAAUUCGCCAGUGGCUAGCGAGAGCACUUCCCGCCAGCAUCAAGCUUGCAACGGGAGUUGGUAUCGGCUUGUAUCUUACCAUUAUUGGACUCACGUAUUCCGCUGGUAUCGGUCUGAUCACGGGAGCGCAAGCGACACCGCUCGAGCUUGCUGGAUGCGAACAGCAGUACAUGGACGAGGAUGGCCUCUGCCCCAACAGCUACAAGAUGAGGAACCCGACAAUGUGGAUCGGCAUCUUCUGUGGCGGUUUCUUCACCGUCAUGCUGAUGAUGUACCGCGUCAAGGGCGCCAUCAUUGCGGGCAUCCUUUUAGUUUCCAUCAUCUCCUGGCCACGACCAACGCCUGUAACGUACUUUCCGCACACUGAGCUCGGCGACUCCGCUUUCGACUUCUUCAAGAAGGUGGUCACGUUCCACCCCAUCGAAAAGGUUCUAGUGGCACAGCAGUGGGACGUGUCGGAGUACGGCGGGCAGUUUGGGCUAGCCUUCAUCACUUUCCUUUAUGUCGAUAUUCUUGACACCACCGGUACUUUGUACUCCAUGGCCCGCUUCGCUGGCGUCAUCGACGAGCGCACUCAAGAUUUCGAAGGCAGCUCCAUUGCCUACAUGGUCGACGCAUUUGGCAUCUCCAUUGGUAGUCUCUUCGGGUCGCCACCCGUCACUGCCUACAUCGAAUCCGGUGCUGGUAUCUCUGAAGGUGGAAAGACUGGCCUCACCGCGAUAACCACUGGUCUCGCCUUCUUCAUUGCCGUCUUCUUCGCUCCCAUCUUCGCCUCCAUUCCUCCUUGGGCAACGGGCUGCACGCUGGUCAUUGUCGGUUCGCUCAUGGCGACAUCAGCCAAGGACAUCAACUGGCGCUACAUCGGUGAUGCCAUUCCGGCCUUCCUUACCAUCGCCGUCAUGCCCUUCACCUACUCCAUCGCAUACGGCCUCAUUGCAGGCAUUUGCUCGUACAUGCUCAUCAACACGCUUGUCUUCAUUAUCGAGAAGGCGUCCGGUGGCCGCAUUGUACCUCCGAACAAGGAAGAGAAGGACCCGUGGACGUGGCGCAUUCCUGGCGGCAUCCUUCCGCCUUGGACGAAGAGGUUGGCAGCGGGCAAGAAGGACUUCUGGAAGAGCGAUGACGAGGUGGAUGGCGUGGUUGGCGAGGUGGCCGAGCGCAAGAGCGAGACCAGCGAGGCUGCUCCGGACAUGGAGAAGCGGCCUGAGAAGGUCGCUUGAAGGGAUUGAGCAGGACCCUGGGCGGAGCAGGUGAAAAUGGUUGUUCGGUGUUACGUUACAAUUGUGUAUACAAAGGUUGGGUGAGGAUAAUGACGACUACGGUUUGGGGCAGCAUGGUAAUCGGCGGUCGGUCGCUCCGUCGACAUGGUUUAUUAGAAUAUACCCUCGCUCUUGAAAUAUGACUGGCAAUCUCCAGG